AUGGGACUCGGUCACUCGUCGCGUUGUUUGCUGCUACGGCGGAAGAUGGCGGAGGCGGACGGCUGCGAGAGGCACCAUGCUGUCACCUCCCACUUCUCCCAAUCUGCCCAUCCGCCUUCGGCGGCCAAACCAGUGCCUGCCGCCCACCACCAGCACGCACCCCGCGACCCCCAGGUGUUUCGCGCCGCUCGAAGCAGGGGCGCCACGUCUGUCAGCCCCGAGGAGAUGACGUCGCGCGACUAUUACUUUGACUCCUACGCCCACUUUGGCAUCCAUGAGGAGAUGCUGAAGGACGAGGUGCGCACGCUAACGUACCGCAACGCCAUGUAUCAUAACAAGCACGUCUUCAAGGACAAGGUGGUGCUGGACGUUGGCAGCGGGACGGGAAUCUUGUCCAUGUUCGCCGCAAAUGCUGGUGCCAAACACGUCUAUGGGAUUGAAUGUUCCAGUAUAUCGGAAUUUUCCGAGAAGAUCAUCAAAUCCAACCAUCUGCACAACGUCGUCACUAUUUUCCAAGGCAAAGUGGAGGAGGUGGAGCUUCCCGUGGAGGAGGUGGACAUCAUCAUCUCUGAGUGGAUGGGCUACUGCCUCUUCUAUGAGUCCAUGCUCAACACUGUCAUCUUUGCUAGGGACAAGUGGCUGAAACCGGGUGGUCUUAUGUUCCCUGACCGAGCUUCCCUCUAUGUGGUUGCCAUUGAAGACCGGCAAUACAAGGACUUCAAGAUACACUGGUGGGAGAACGUGUACGGCUUCGACAUGAGCUGCAUUCGCAACGUGGCCAUCAAGGAGCCUUUGGUGGACGUGGUAGACCCUAAGCAGGUGGUCACCAACGCUUGUCUGCUAAAGGAAGUGGACAUCUACACGGUAAAGCCGGACGACCUGACCUUCACGUCGGCGUUCUGCUUGCAAGUGCAGCGCAACGACUACGUGCACGCGUUAGUCACCUACUUCAGCGUCGAGUUUAGCAAGUGUCACAAGAAGACGGGAUUCUCCACCGCGCCGGACGCGGCUAGCACGCACUGGAAGCAGACAGUCUUCUACUUGGAGGACUACUUGACGGUGAAGAAAGGCGAAGAGAUCUUCGGCAGCAUCGCCGUCAGGCCCAAUGAGAGAAAUGUGCGUGACCUGGAGUUCACCUUGGAACUGGACUUUAAAGGCCAGCUGUGCGAUGCCGCCAUCUCCCACGACUAUAAGAUGCGUUAG